AUGUCAUCCAAAUUAGAAGUCAACUUUGAAGAAAAACAACAAAUUUGCCCAUUCCGUGUUAGCUCACAGUCGUCGGUUGUGGACGAUGCAGAAGAGUUUGCAUUUUUGGAAGAUCCAUGCAGCAGGUUGGCCAGUACUGACGGAGAUGAUGAACCGCACACUGUCUCAGAAUGGUAUCGAAGGCAAUGUUUCAUCUACAGCGCGACGACAUUCCGAAACAUCGAAGAAUUGCUACAAUCAAUCGAGCAAAACCCAUCGGCAAAUGUGGAACUGGAUUGGAACCGCUGUGGUUACACAAAUCUGCAUAUCCAAAUUGCUCUGGAUGCAGUGCUCCGGACUCGUCCCCAGUGUCUGACUCGUUUGGAUUUGUGCCGGAACCGAUUGUUUAAUUCCUCGUUAGCCUGUUUGGUGGCAAAUGUAUUGCAGGAGUUGCAGACGAUAGUACAGCUAACGCUUUCCUACAAUACGAUCAACGAUGAGUGCAUGGGGAUCCUGUGUAAUGCGUUGUCCAACUCGGGUGUUUGUCUGCUGGAAGCAGCUUACUGUCAAAUUUCCGAUCGAGCCGGUUCAUUACUGUUCGGUGCGCUAAUGUACAGUGAUUGUAUCGAGUCGAUCGAUCUCAGCUGGAACCAUCUUGACAUUUCUAGUGGACCAGCAAUUGGACGGUUUCUUUCCACGCAAAGAACGUUAAAAGAACUAGUCCUGAUUGGGAAUCAUUUGUACCACGGAGAACAAUGUAUUGUUCCACUUUUGGUAGGCACCAUCGGUAACGAUACACUGGAGCAUCUGGAUCUCUCUUGGAACGGUUUGCGCGGUGAAGAGUUCGGUCGCGCAAUACUGAAGGCCAUUCCACAAACCAAACUGAAACGACUAAAGCUGGAACAUAAUCUAUUACGCGGUCUGGAGAUGUCCUUUGUUGCACGGAUGAUGAAGAAAAGUGAAACACUAGAGCAGCUUUGGCUCGGCAGCAAUAUGUUCGAGGACAACGUCACACUCGAUCUCGUGCGAACCUUCGUACGACAUCCAACGUUGAAUGUGCUUUCUUUAGGAUCAUUUCACUUCGUUUCACAAGCCGUUGCCAAGCUGUGCCGAUUGGGCUUGCGCAAAAAUCCCACCAAAAUGAUUAUCUAUCAAGGAGUGCUCAGAGCGGAACCGGCACGUCCGGUAGACGUGCAGGAAAUGUUGCUGGAACGUUGCCGAUUCCUGGCGCUGAAACCGAAGAAGAUAAAACUGAAGCGUGAUAUCGGUCACCUGAUGCUGCAGCUAGCGGCGGCAGAAAAUACGAUCCUGGCGCGUGAAGAAUUUUUGCUCGUAGUGAAGCGUUUUCGCGUCAAGCUUGAUCGGUCCCUGGUCGAGGCACUGAUGGAUGCGUUUGAAGUACCGAAGAAAUUGGUAGAUACGGGUGCGAUGGCACGAAAAUAUCUAACCAAACAUCCCACUGAACCACCGAUCGUGAAGCCAGCGAAAGGAGGGGGCAGAAGAUAA